CUGUUCUUAAACUAUCUAAGAAAAAAAAAGGCAAAAAAGUAUUUUGUAAGAAAAGAAAACUAAAUAUAUAACCUAAUUAAUUGGAAUUGGUGUUCAAUUAAUUUUCAACCAUGUCAUCUUCUUCUUCUUCGAUUCUUGUAAUCCAAAUUCCAACAGCAACAACGGUUUCUGCUGUGAAGCAGAUGGCACUUUUCAAACCUCUCAAUCUGAAUUUUCAGAAAGGCAGAGGCAUCCAACGGCAGUUGAAUCACCGCGCUCACCGCCACAGCUCUGUUAAGCCAUUGCGGUUACGGUGCUCAACUCCUUCCAGUGGUGGGAACCUCCUCCAUGACGAUGCUAUUGUUCUCCAUGUUCGGGGAAUGAUGUGCGAGGGAUGUGCUUCUAGCGUCAAGAAAAUUCUAGAAACUCAACCAGAAGUGUUAUCUGCUACUGUGAAUUUAGCAUCAGAGACAGCACUAGUUUCACCUUUAUUAUCUGAAGAAAAACAUCCACCAAAUUGGCAAAAGAAGUUAGGAGAAACACUUGCGCACCAUUUAACUACAUGUGGUUUUACUACUACCCUUAGAGGUCAGGAAGAUAGUGACUAAUGAGUGGUCAUCUAAAGUCUAAGGUUUAAGGUGAUUCUCUGAGGCCAAUUAUGGUGAUUAUUCGACCUGCGUGCUGUAGAAUUUACUGAUGUUCAAUCUUAAAUUAGUCUUCCCUAGUUAUCAAGAAAUUUGUGGACUCAUGUAUGUGAAAAUGGUUGGGUUUUGUGUGUGUAUAUAAUAACACAUGACUUCUUUUGGACCAAAUUAGUUCUCCUCUUCUAUAAUAUCAACAUUGCUUA